GUCAGUCGAGUCGUGGCCCAGAGUUAGUGUUGUCUGGGAGUGUGUCGGGGGAGUAUGUGCGACCACCGCUCCUCUCAACUCUGUCACAGAGUGACUUAGUGCCCGACGAUUUACGUGUAAAGAGCGUGUAUGGUGAAGAACAAACACGGUCUUCCGUAGAGCAUAACCUUGUGGGCAAUACCACCCGGAUUAUGGACUUUACUGUGUAUGCGUAGUGAGCGUGUCCCAACGCUUCGUGCUGGAAUAUUAUAAGAAUAGCAGGGAAAUCCAUGACCGUGUGAUCCGAGCCCUUGGAAACUUUCUGGCUCCGGUAGGUUUCUCCUAAAAAGGAUUUUCAACCGAGGAUCCUCAUCCUAGGAACUGAAAUGCUUCACCUCCGCCUCGGUUGUCCUGUAUAAACAAAAGACAAUGUGAGGAAUUACAGUCUCGCUUUUUGGUUUCUAGUCUAGUGUAAGACGACCCGUUGAGAAGAACCUACUGUUUGUGUCGUCAAGGUGGUGAGGCCAAGUGAGUGUUGUGGUGUUGUGUCAUGUGUCAGCUGGCGGGUGACACGCCACUAGUGUCAUGCAGCUGUACCAGCUGAUCCCAGGAGCGCCAUGAGGAGUAUCAUACGAUUAUGGGCGUGGGUGUGGGCGGCGUGGGCGUACUUCCACGCCUUCCUGCCAUGCCACGCCCUCGCCGAACCCAAGGCCGCCGUGUUUGGAGGAGUCCCUAUCAUCGACGAAAAAG